AUGACGUUUUCUUUUUUAUUCCCCGCCUUUUUUAUUUUUUUAGUUUCUUCCAGAAACCACUGGAUUAUUCUCCCCAAACCCUGGAAUAUACACCCCCGGUUCACUCCUCCUGAAAUAUUUCGCCCCUUCUUCCUAUAUUCUGGAAUUUCGCCUAAAUAUCCUUCCCUUUUUCCGCCUCCUGGAAUAUUCUCCUCUUCCAGUCUUUCCCUGUAUAUGCCCCAUGUAUUCUCAUCGUGGAAUAUUAUUUCUCUCUGCCCGCCUCCUGGGAUAUUCAUUCCCGCCCCGUUCACCCCACCUGCUGCUAUUCGUGCCUCACCACAGGGAUCACCAGCCUCUUGCUCACCUCUCCUCUUCCACAGUUCUUUGUCAUAUCUUUCUUUUAUGGUCUUCCCUUUCUCCUACUUCAUUCGGGGACCCAAUUUAGAAAACGAAUCAACCAAUCCUUUUUUCCACUUUUCUCCUCGUUUCUUUUUUCUCUUUUCUAUCCUUCUCUUUUCUAUCGUUCUCUCUUUCUUCCCUUUUCUCUUUAUCCUUCCUUUUUUUUUAUUUCGUUCCUUCUCUCUCUGCUCGUUUUUAUCUAGCUUUCCUUCCCCUCCCGUUUCUCUUCCUUUCUCUCUCUUUUUCUCUCUCUUUUUCUCUCUCGUUUUCUCUCUCUUUUUCUCUCUCGUUUUCUCUCUCGUUUUCUCUCUCGUUUUCUCUCUAUCCAUCCCAUCACAAAUCCUUCGCGCUCUCUUGCCCUCUGUCUCUCUCAAAAUACUAACAACAAAAAUGAUUUAUUACAAGAAGCCAGAAGUGGGAUGGUAA